CAGCAGACAAAAGGCAAAUGCCACAUAUUUGUGGUGAACCAAUUCAACUUCACGUUGCCUAGACAAGUCCCUUUGUGUUUGAGACGAUUGGUUUUACAAGGCACGAUUGUUUUAAUGUCUUGACUUUCAUCAAUGAAUGCUGAUAUUGACCAUUCGCGUUCGUCGCGAAGACCAAGGCCUGAAGUUGCUGUUUACCGUCCUGGAUCAGGACCUCUGAAAAAGUCAAGCAGCAAUGUUGAAAACAUACAGCCAGGCAGCAGCCUGCAAGGCACUGGAAGAGCAGACAUUGACACUGGUCUUGAGUCACAUUUUAGGAAUGUCAAUUUAAAUGAUGAGAGCAACAAAUCUAAAGAUCGGGGUGGUGAGGUUCACACUCAAGAAUCCAAAACGAGAAGGACCAACAACCAGAGACAAGAUAGAAAUGCUGAUAAGCAGCGAACAGAAAAUCACCACCAACAGCACACCAACAAAAAGAAAGACGAAUUCAAGGAACCCCCUGUCCGGAGUAAUCAAGGGAAGAGGCAGCUGUACUACCAAGACAAUGUGGAUACAGGAUCAAAUCAAGAUCUUCGACAGCUUCUUCUAGAGAAACGGCAGCAGAGAAGCAAUGAAUCCCCAGCAACUGGUCACCACGAGAGCAGUCCAACUCCUAAUCAGCCCUCAAAUGGCAAACAGAAGAAUGACAACCGUCAAGAAAGACAGCCAGUCAAGCCAAAAGAAGAAGCGAGGGCAAGCCAGCCUAGCGACCCUUUCCCACCGAAUAACGUUUCAAAAUCUGCAUCCAUUGAUUCGUCCCUGCUCUCAAGGCAGAGUGAUAAAAGAAGUUCAGGCAGACGCCGAAACGAUCGCAAACCUCGAGUGGAGAAUUCGUUUUCCGAAGGACACCUUGCUUCUUUAACUAACAACAAUUCUUCAGCAGCAGCUACGAAACCGCCCUCAUCCAAAACGUUUGAAGAGAAGACGGCUACGAGUGGUAGUUGGAACGAUUCAGAGAGAAGCAAGAACAAUAGUAAAGACAAACGAGACGGAAGUGGACGCAGUGGCAGCGGUAGGAAGAAACGAAACAAUCGCGGUCCUGGAGGCAGUCGACGGGGAUCUUUUUCUAGUGAAGCUGGAACCCCGGUUCCCGAUCGUGAUGUCAGAGGCACAAGUAGCACUUCCAGACCAGACGAUUACAACUAUUACCAGUCGACUACGCCAACUCGGUUCGUUCUUCUGGUGGACGAGGAUAAACUAACGAAGAGAGUUGGAGGAAGUGGUGGAUACUACCAGGCCACUGGUUCCAGUCGCAGCCGCCACACUUCCAGCCCUCAGAGCAGCAACAGCAGGAACGGGAUGAUUGCAGAGGAGAAUCCCGUUGCCAACGCAGUCUCUCCAACGAGCACUUCACGUCGCCCGCCAUCGAUCACCUCGCCGUCGCCAUCACCGUCACCUGGUUAUCGUCAGAGUUCAGAACCGCCCGGCAACCCUAAAUUCCAAGGCCAAGCGCAGAAGAAUUCCGGGCGAGACCAGAGAAGGGAAGGACUCUUUGAUGAGAGAUCUCAGGACUCUUACCGGUCCGACGGGAGACCCCCAUCCGGCCGUGGUGGAUACUCUAAGAACGAACGCCCUUCGCUGCCCAACAAAUACGAUUCGCUUCCACCUCGUUUCAAGAAGAAAUACGAAGAGGAUCGCAUGCAUCAAUCGCAACCUGAUCGGGUUCCUCAAACGGCCGUCCAUCCGAGUCCAGUCGAAACCGAAUGGGAUGGCGGUUCUUGUACUUUUGUCAACAUUUCCGGAGCCCCGGCAGUUCGGCCAUCGUUGCCUCAUCCUUUCCCGCAAUCCUCGUCUCAUGUCUCCAGCAUCCGGCCGCAACAUCCACCGCAACAACAUCAUCGACCAGGGUCUGGUGGAGGUGGCAAACCGAUCCGAGGCCAAGGGCGACACCAGCAAGCAACAGGAUUCGCUGCCAAAGCAAUGCCACUGUCUGAUCAGGCGGAAGAUUCCGAUCCUGUUCAUGUUCCUGUACGACCUCGCAGUCAAGAUUCCAUGUCGUUCUCCGAUCGGGAACGCAAAACGUCGGUGACGGACUCUAGGAGCUCGACGCCGUUGUCCAACGUCGACAGCAGUUCCGGCUUGCAGUCCCACCUGCGAGGCACUCUGCGACGACUGGAGGAAGUGACGGCCACUCAGACGUCGCUGGAUUGGAGUGAAGAAAUGGAAGAAGAAGACAAGAGAAGCCUAGCAGGAUUCCGACAAGCUCCACCGGCCAAACUUCCGGAUAAAACUCCGGAGAUCGUCUUCGCCUGUACGGAUAUUCGUUACAAGAAUAAACCCAUUCAAGGAUACAUCGUCCUCCCAAUAGCAGCUUCUUCCACCAACGGAGUGGAUGUUGACCGACAGACUGGACCUACGCCUCCACCGAUGACUGGGCGACCUCUCCUGGGCCAGGGUCGUAGGCAGGAAACGGGUAAGAGCGGACCACCGCGAAUGUCCGUUCCAGGGUUGAUCCAGCUGCCAAUUGGACCUCCUCCGUCGAUGGAACAAUCGCGCCUUUCCUCUUCUCCCAGGCGAAGUGAUUUCCAAGCUCCUUCGGCCUCCUCGUACGACAGAUCGUCCAUUCCUCGUCAGCAGGAUCAUAAUCGUGGAGCCGGUGACGUGGCCAAUCGUUCCUAUCCUCGCAAAACUGGCCCAGUACAGCAGCGCACCCUGUUCGAUCCUGCCAAUCCACACAAGCCGAUUGUGGUGGCCACCAGAGCCGAUGACGGACCCAAUAGCCAACAAUCGACUGCCGCAUCGUCGCUAGGUUGCCCGGAAAUGACUUUCCUGACUCUUCCGGCUGAUCAAAGCAACGUCAAUUCUUCUGCAAGGCCAGCGUGGUACGACCCACAGUCUGAAAAUUUCCGGAGCAGCAAAAGUCAUCCGCACCUCCUUAUGGACAUGGCCCGUUGCGACAUGGAGUUGUCGUGGUUGCUUCACGGUCAAGGUCUCCACCAGCGGUUCGGCCGCAUCCAGAUGAACAGGAAAUUCUUCCAGAACAGCUUGCGGAUCAUGUUGGCCAACGAUUUGCGCUUCUGCGCUAUGGAGAACGUUGAGCAGCACAUGUGGAAGGUGGCAUUCCACAAUGUCAUUGAAGCAUUGCGCAAGGCCACGGCCGAAGAACCCGAAGCCAAAGAGGAAUACAGGUCACUCCUGUUCAACGUCAUUGACGAGGGAACCGCCUAUUUCGAGAUGCUGUUGGAGACGCUGCAAGAGUCGCACAAAUUCAACUUGGAAACGUACCUCGAGCCGCAGCCUUACCCUUUGCUCUCGGGACUGGGCUACGUUGGCCUGGCCAUCAUCUCGUGUCAAAAGAUCCUCAUCUUCCUCGGCGAUUUAGCCCGUUAUCGUGAAAUGACGUCCGAAACUUCCAACUACGGCAAAGCCAAAAGUUGGUAUACUAAAGCUAAUUUGACUAACCCGAAAAACGGCCGACCGUACAACCAACUGGCCAUUUUGGCACUCUACGCGAGACGCAAGCUGGAUGCUGUUUACCUUUACAUGCGCAGUUUAAUGGCCUCCAAUCCUUUCCAAUCGGCCAGGGAGAGCCUCGUCUCCCUAUUCGACGAGAAUCGUAAAAAGUACGAACAACAGGAGCGUAAACGGCGUGAAGCCAAGGAGGCCAGCAGCCACCGCCGCAAAGAGUCUGCAGCUUCUUCUUCUUUAUCGUCGGGCGUUGUUUCCGACGCUGCCAAAAUCGACCGUCUGGAAUUGAGACGAGAAAUUUGGAUCCAUCCGCUGGAUGGGCGCCGUACCCGCCGGACCACCAGCACCGGCACCAACGGUGCCUCCGACUCUAAUGGCCUCAACAGCGACGACGAAGAGCUGGCCCAGCUGCCCAGCAUCGAGGUCAACAAGAGAUUCGUCACCAGUUACCUGAACGUCCAGGGCAAAUUGUACACAAAGAUCGGGAUGGAAACGUUUCAAGAGUGCGGAGUCCAAAUGCUGCGCGAAUUCCGGGCCCUCCUCCAGCAGACGCCGUUGCCCGUCAACCAAACCCGUUUGCUGCAAUUAUUGGCGCUCAACAUGUUCGCCGUAUCCAACACUCAACUCAAAGAUGCCCGGAUGGCUGGCGGGUGUCGUUCGGCCUGGCAGGAAUGCGCCCUGGUCGUUUCCCUGGAAAUGUUCAACAUCCUGCUGGAACGUUGCAACGCCAUGCUCAAGGAGCAGCUGGAAACGGGGAGCCACAGUAACAACAACCCCGGAGGAACGACAAGCCUGGCCAGUAGUCGACUGGUGGGCGAGGACCUACAAAUCAUCUUACCGGCCAUUAAGGUGUGGUGCGAUUGGCUUCUGUGCCACAGUUCCGUCUGGAAUCCACCGCCCACCUCCCGUGACUACCACGUCGGACCGCCUGGAACACCCUGGACACGUUUGGCCACGUUGAUUAACCUUUUGAGUCGCUUCGACACGCGUCAAGUCGAAAUAAGCAAGAACCAACUGGAAGGUUACGAAGCUGUCAAACUGCCCGAAGAUGUCACUCUUUGCGGUUUCACGCCGCUGAUGCUCAACAUCCAAGAGCCGCGCUACACGCCGAAAUCAUCCGACAUGGAUGGAAGGGAUCGUCGCCAGCAAAUGGAUAUGGCGGCCGAUUGCGUGCGGAUUGAACGGAUGCUCUACUUCGGACGCGACUUUCUCUGCGGCCUCGACCCGCCCGUCCUCAAGCUCAAGUUCUCCGGCCCGUCGCUGUCCGAAUACGUUUCCGUCGUCGACUCUUCUUCGUCCGCUUCCUCAUGUUCCUCCUCCGCCAAAAACGGACCACCUCAUCUACUCAAGAAUGAUGCGGCCGAGGACGAAGAUGAUUACGAGGAAGGUCUGGUCGGCGAACUGGAACUGGAGGAGGAAGUGAUGGGCGACGAGGAGCGGGCAGAAGACGACGACGAUGUUGUCGUGGAGCAGGGCGGCGGUGGCCAUCACGAGCUCCAGCCGACCGAUGAUCUGCAACAAUUGAGGCAGCGCAAGGACGAAUUGACUCAGAAACACCUGGACCAGCAACAUCGAAAGCAACAGCUCAAGGCGAUCCUACGCGAGCGAGUCCAAGUGGAAUUGGAGGUGAGACCAAAGUACCUGGUGGCCGACACCAACUGCUACAUUGAUCACCUCAACGCCUUGGUCCGUCUGGCUCGCGAAAAACAUUACACGAUCGUCGCCCCACUUGUCGUGUUGAAUGAACUGGACGGGCUGUGCCGGUCGAGGUUGGCCGUCGAAUCGCGGGCGGCGUUGGAUUUCCUGCGCGAGAGGAACCCGCAGAUCCGCUACGUCACCUCCAAAGGUGCGCCGCUGCCCAACUUUGCCGCCUGCACCAUGAGCGAAGAGAACGACGACCAGGGUCUGACCAAUGAUGACCGCAUCCUCCAGUGUUGUCUAGGUCUCUUCAAGGACAGACUGGCCUCAUCCACCGCAGAGGAAGACACUUGCUCAGACGGAGUGAGGCGAUUGCGGCGCGAAGUCGUUCUACUCACGGACGACCGCAAUUUACGAGUCAAAGCGCUUUCGCGCGACGUGCCCGUCCGUGACCUGCCGGCCUUUCUCGCCUGGUCUUCAUCAGCUGCCGCUGCUUCUUCUUCUUCGUCGGUCAACUAGUGAGAAAUACGACAGAAAAAGAAGUCGAGUGAGAGAAACUACAAUACUACCUUUGAUUACACCCACCUCCAUUACAGUACUACCUUUUUUUCUUUUCUCCCGAUUUCUUCUAAUUAUAAUUCAACAAACUUUUUUUUUUUCAUUUUCAAAAUUAUCGAAUUCAAAAAAUGGCAGAUUUCGUGUUUGUGUAUGUCUUGUAAUUUGCUGAUUGAUUGAUCGAAUUUCAAUUCUUUUUUGGUUUCGUUUUUUUUUUCUCCCGUGUAAUACGUUGUACUUGUGUGUGUGUGUGUGUUGGAGCAAAUGGUGGGGGGGAGAGAAUUAUUACCGGCGACCUUGUGGGGAUCCUCUUGAAUCGUUUUCUCUUUAACUCGUCAUCCGCCACCCACACUUUGUUGGUUUAUUAUAUUCCCUCCUUUCAGCAGAAAACAAAAAGUUCUUUAAAAGUGACAAAUCUUUGAUGGUGACUGAUACAAUUUAUUGAAGGGGUGGACCACCCAACCACUCGCAGAUCAUCUAAAAAAACCUUCCCUCAGACCUCCUCCAGAUUGACAAAAACAUUUUAGUUGAAAUUUUCAUGUGCACGUUUCAAUGUUGGAUGGCCCACGCUGCCUCUACCAGUCUUCUUCAAACUUAACUCUAUGAAACACAUGUUGCUUUGAAACUCCCUUCCAUUUUGUAUUUCUUUUCCGAAUUCCAACCAUUACUUUUCCUCAUUUCCUUAUCUUCUAAAAGCCAGACGAUGAUUUCCUUUUUCUUUUUUAAAUUUCAUUUUCAUGUUGUGUCUCCUUUUGGUCUCAAAAAAACAAACAAAAAAUGUUGUGGACCCUCGAUUUUUUUUUUCCUUUUACAUCUGACACACGGUCUGCCCAAAUACACACAAACCAGAAACCA